AUGGUAUUCAUGGCAAAUGUUGAUAAUGUUGAUAAUAACGAUGAUGAUCAUGAUGGUGUCGGUAAUGGUAAUGGCAGCAUGAAAACACAACUACCCACAGACAUAAAUAUGCUACUGCAUGUCUCCACGUUAUGCUCUGUUCGCAAUAUAAGCAGAGAAAUACCAGCGAUAACUAUGAACAAUGGUUGCAAAAUGCCCAUAAUAGGCUUAGGCACUUGGGGGGCUACCGAUGAUUUUGUAGAAAUUGAAAAUCUUGGACUGGGCGAAAGAAAGGAGAAAGGCAUAGAACCCAAUGAAAUGGUAGAGAUUACUAAAAAAGCUAUAGAUUGUGGAUAUAGACAUUUCGAUACAGCUCUUAUGCAUGGAAAUGAAAAACAAAUUGGUGACGCGAUUCAACAAAAAAUUAAAGAUGACACGGUUACAAGAGACGAACUGUUUAUUUGCACUAAACUAUGGCAUACGUAUGCAGAUCCCGACAGAGUUAUACUAGGUUGUGAACGAAGUCUCAAAAAUUUAGGUCUGGAUUAUAUCGACCUUUAUUUAAUACAUUCGCCAUUGGCAGCGCAAGCCAAUGAUGAUAGCCUAUAUCCCACGACCAAAGAUGGUAAGCCUGCAUAUGCGGAUGUGGAUUACGUCUGUACAUGGCGAGCAAUGGAAGAUUUACUAAAAGAGGGUCUUUGCAAGAGCAUUGGAAUUUCUAAUUUCAAUUUAAAGCAAAUCGACCGCAUACUUGAGUACGGUACGAUUGUACCGCAAAAUCUUCAAAUUGAACAUCAUCCAUAUCUCACUCAAACAGCUUUGCUCGGUUAUUGUAGAGCUCAUAAUAUUGCCGUGACUGCCUAUGCUCCCCUUGGUUCACCUAAUCGACCUUGGGCGUUCAAAGAUACUCCGAAAGCCCUUUUAAAUGAUCGAAAGGUUUUGGCCAUUGCUAAAAAGCACGAUAAAAGUCCCGCUCAAAUCCUUAUACGAUAUCAAAUUGAAAAGGGUCUUGCUACUAUACCAAAUGCAGGAAGAUCGGAAACAUUUCUAUGUGAGAAUAUAAAUGUUUUCGAUUUUUGUUUGCGUCCCGAAGAUAUGGUGGCUUUGCAUGGCUUAAAUGCGAAUAGGCGUUACUUUAAAUUCACUGGGGCCACUGGUCACUCACAUCAUCCAUUUGAAACUACAUAA